GUGUCACAAUUGCCACGAUUUUCAAUUUAUCAUAUCAUUCUUCAGGUGGAUUUUUUCUUCUGUGGAAAUACAACAAAUUUUAAGGCAAAAUUAGAAUUACUUGUUUAUUUAUUUGUCUUCAUAAAAUUCUUCACUUGUCUGGUAAUUAGCUUUGUGGAUCAAGUCUGGUAAUGUGUGUUUAAGUCUCACGACAAUUUUAAUUUUAGACUUAGCAUUGAAAUUGCAGUUUUUUGCUAUGUGUGACAAAAUUUUAAAUUUCCAACACCACAACACUAUGACACAUAUGGAAGAUUUAACAUUAAAAUUGCAGUCAUUUGAGCAAAAUUUUGGAUUUCCUAUACCACAAUACUAUAUGACACAUAUUGAAGAUUUAACAUUGAAGUUACAGUUUCUUAAUGUUAUUUGAACAAAAUUUUGAAUUUCUAACACCACAAUACUAUAAUGACACAUAUUCUGCAGUUCUCGAUCAAGUUAUUCACUCUUAUACCAUAUAACGUUUUUUCCCCGCGAUAAUCCAGUAAGUAGAAACUCACCACCUCGGAUGUAGUACUGAUUAUCUUAAACGGUGGCCAGGUGUUAUCGCUCUGUACACACACCUGUUAACUUGUGAGUCAUAACAGUAAUGUUUUUUUAGGGUAUUUUCGCAAAAUUUGUGAUACGCAAAAAUAACCCAUUAUACGGUAAUUGUUUGUAUUUCAAGUGAAAGAUGUUAAUUUCAUUUAUGGAUGCUGAAAUCAAUGAAGAUGUCUUUAAUUGCAAUACAAUAUUGCUUCAAUUGAAAGUCUUUCUUGCAAGCAAUAUGAUUUGUAAAUUCAUAACUUGAAUAUAAUCUAAGAAUAUGCAGUUUUCAUUUGUUGGACAUUUAAACUGUCACAAACUUACCUUGAGAGUUUGUUGAAUUGUCUUUUAUUUUUACUGUUCUGAUUGUGGAAUUCCACAGAGUGUAUAUGUUUUCAUUUUGGACAGCUGAUCGUACUCUUUAAAUGGUGGCCUGGGAAUUGUCAUUUGUUUGCCCACAUUUGACAGAUGCCUAUGUUUGAGACAUUAGAUUGUAUUUAUCCUAUUGAAAGUUUGACACAUGAGAUUUGUGGCUCUCAGAGGUCACAAGCGUAUGAUUUUCUGUUACUAUUAAUAGCUAGUAUAACCUUAGCAAAUUUGCUCCUGCAUGCUUCAACAUCUCCUGACAUUGUGCUUUUAUUGGAUCAUUACAUUUAUUCAACAACAUUGUUGCUAAUGUUUCAUUUUCUCUUGGUUGUAAUUGAAUUCAAAGUGAACUUUAGAUGAUGGUGCAUUCAUGUGACCAUCCUAGACCUUAUUACCAACUCUAACCAAUCUAACCUUAAUAUAGCAGAUUGUCCCUCAAAGUUUCUUUUUUAACCACCCACCACCCCCAAAUGGAAUUGUACCUGUAUUAAAAAAUUAUAGUGCCAGCAUGUCUUUCUCUGUUCUGACAGAGACCUGCCUCCCCAAUGUUGGUUUGGUUUUAUAUUGUUUAACAUCCCUUUCGAGAAUUCUUCACUCGUAUAGAGACGUCACCAUUGUCAGUGAACCUCCCCAUUCUAAUGUCUUUGUUCAAUGCAAUUAGCUUUAUUUUGACUUGCCUUGUCACAAUCACAGUCAAUUUAUUAUACCCCACGCAAUGAAAUUGUGGAGGGUAUAAUGUUUUUCACCCGUUCAACAGUCCCUCAGUUCCUUUCUUUUUCUAGGAGUUAUGCCCCUUUUGAACUUCGAAUUUCGACCUUGAAGUACUGUGGUAUUUAAAUCAGACCAAGGUUAUGUUUCAUUUCAGUUUGACUGAUUUAACACUUAGUUCUCUCCCCUCCUGAAGGCACACAAGGCUGCAACACUGGGUCUCUCCAAACCCCUGUCUCUUAUUAUCACUUGGCCUGGUUCUAAUAUCUCCAUCCUGUACCCCUUCUUUCUGCUCCCACUGUCCUUCACCGGGUUGUUUUCAGUCUCCCUCAUGCCCCUUUUCCUUGUGGUGUCUCACAGUCGUCGUCACCUCCCCUCCCUAGCAUGUGUCCUAUCCAGUUCCACUGCCGCCUCCACCUUAUUACGUUCAUAUCCGAAUUUCUUUGUAGUAUGAAUAUUAAUUUACACUUACUGUCCAAACUUCUUACUGAGUGGGAACAGAUUAAUUUACACUUAUGUCUAAAAUUUCUUUGUCAGUGUGAAAAUUGGUUUACACUCCCGACUCCAAACUUCUCAAUGAUUUACAAUUAUUUCAGAAUUUGUUUGUUAGUGUGAACAUGGAUUUACACCCAAAUUUGGCUCUAUAAACAUUUUUAGCAGUGCUAAUUUCAGAGGUAAAUAAAAUUUCAUCUUGCAUGGGAUAUAUUUACUGUAUUUAAGGAUGGUGAAGACUUGGUGAUAAUUGGCGAGAAAAGAAAUUUAACAUUUUAUCUGUAAGACUUACCUGGUUAGACUCGCAUUGUCCUUUGAUGGAGACUAAUCUUUUUUUGAAAAAUUGAAUACAAUGGUAAGUGAUUAUAUUGGGGCUCUACGUUGGGAAAAUAUUUGUAUGAAUUUUAAUGGAUUUUGCAUGUUUACUCAAUUCUGAUCUGUGCUGAAUAUUGAAAAGCAACUUAAGGAAAUCUUUAUUGCUGUCAAACAAUAUAAUAACAUUGAGGCCAAAAUAAUAAAGCUUUGAUAUUCAUUGUCCUACAUAACAGCAAUACUUAGACUGUGUAGGGAUUUUAAUUUUUGAGAAGACUCGUGGAGUUUUAGUGAGGAAGGAUUUUUAAUUGUGUGUGGUAAUUCUACGGUGUGACGUUGAUUUCAAUGAAUGUCUGGCAGAAUUGAUUCUAUGCUGCUUGGGCGGGUGUCUAAUUGGUUGGUGCCUGAUAUACCCCUACAUCAACAUCCAAUGGAUUAUGGUGUUGUGUAUUGAUAAAGUGAUUAUGCUGUCGGAAGGCAAUCAACUUUAUUACAUUUUUUGGGGGGUGUUUGGAAUGACACCCAGGAUAAAGCGAGAGCUUAUGAAAAUUCCUCUGUGAAGAAUUUCUCUAUAGGAAAGAAUUGGUUUUCAGUGAGGUGAAUUGAUUUUUGUUAUUUUACAUUGAUUUCUGAUUGAGAAACAUGGAAACAUUUAGAAAAUCUAGCCUUGUAACAGGAGUGACCGCCAAACGACAAAACGAGACACAGCAACUUGAGUAUGGACAUUUGUUAACAUGGAUGUACCUCAUCAAUGGCUAUACUCCUGAAACCAACAUCACAGAAAUCCCUACCAAUCCUGAUAUUUCCAUACGAUGUGAUCGAUGCAAAAUAUACAUCAAUCUCCGAACGCUCCGAGAUCACCGGAUAUACCAUGAUGCCUUGCAGGUGAUGAAAUAUCAAGGCAAAAGUAAACCAACAUCUAUAGAUGGACUCAGAAAAAGACGACAGAUCAUUCUGAGAAAGAUCCGUGAACAAAAGGAAACUCCCAAACAGCUCCAGGCAAUCCAGGAACUUAAUGAUGCAUAUGAAUAUCUUAAAGCUGACGUGCAGGGUACGUUUGAGCUGGAGCGACAGAGUAGAGAGGAGAUAAACACAGACGUCCGUGGAGUGGCCGUUAACUGUAGUCCCCCUUGUGUGUUCGCUGUUGGCACCUGUUCCUCACAGAAUGAAAGAUGGAAGAGCUAUAUGGAAGACACCAAAGUUUAUCAGGACAGCUUUGGAGAAGACAGAAACAAGUGUUACUUUGGGUUGUUUGAUGGUUACCAUGGGAGAUUUGCUGCGGAUAUGGCGGCUACUGAACUCCACCAUCUUUUGCUGAAUGAGAUGGCAAAGUUUGAUCCAAAAACCAAAUCAACAACAGCUACAAACAUCCUGGAUACCACUGACGUCUCCCAGUACUCAUUUGAGCGUCCUGAUACUAAGGAGAGUGAGCGUGUGGUCCUGCACGAGAAGAGCGUGGACAUUAUCCAGCAGAUUGUUAACAUGUGUGAAGACAAGUACGAGGAACUCAUCACGCCACGACGAAAAAAGUCUGCCAAAGAUGGGGACGAGCAGAAAGAAAACAAGAACAAGAAACAAAAGUCACCAUUCACCAUCAAAAUGGAAUCAGCUCUUGCCAAAUCUUACUACUUAACUGACAUCUUACUGUCUUAUGGGAAAGACGAAAGGUCAAAGGUUAGGUGGAGUGGUUGUUCCGCUGUGACGGUUGUGAUACAGAGUGGGGAUAAACUAGAACAGGGUGGAUUUCCGAUAUCCCCAGUGGUAGAGGAAGAUGAGGAGACAAAAAGUGAUGUUUAUAUGUCCCGUCCUCCCACACUGGAGAACAAAUUAGACCAGUCACAGCCACCCAGCACCACAGGCUUGGAUGUACCCCAGGAGACCAGCACCACAGGCUUUGAUCCUCCACGGGAGUUGGGCAUGAUUUAUGUCGCUAAUGCAGGAAAUGUCCAUGGAGUUUUAGUAAGAGGAAACAGAGCAUAUAAACUGACCAAGGACCACACACCACAGAAUGAGAAGGAAAAGAACCGCGUCGUCAAGGCAGGAGCGGAUCUCAGCAUGAGUGACAAGGAGAUGAGGGUGAGCGGAGUGGUGGCCACCACACGAGGUCUAGGUAACCAUGGUGAUUUGGUGCUGAAGAAGAGUGUUAUUGUGGAGCCACACACGAUGUCGGUUGCUGUGGACCAGUACUGCCAGUUUCUGCUUCUGGCCUCUCAUGGAGUGUGGGAAGUGUUCUCAGAGACGGAGGCUGCCAACCUACUGCUAAAGUUACUCCCCAGCAACUUUAUACCAGCGCCAAGUAAGAUUAGCACCACACUAAGACCAUUGAUAGAAGAAUCCAACAGCCAGGCCAAUAUCUCUUUGAUAACCCAGACCCCUCGGAGAGUUUCAUUCUCAGAACCGACUGAAGACCGCAUGAAGAUGUCGCCUCGGGCAUCCACAAUGCUUGCAGACCUGGAGAAAACUGUGCUUGAUGAGGACAUGAAGACCGAAAAUGGCAGCCAUGUUGGUCCAUAUGAUGAGGAAUCUGGAAACGAGGCCGAUGUUGAGACUUAUGGUGACUUCCUGUCACUGCCUAGCAACUCUCGUCUGUCAAACUACAACCCAUCCCUGACUCGAGACCAGUUUCAGAGAGACCUAUCGCGCACUAUGGCAGAGCAUCUCGUUCAGGCUGCACUGCUUGCUGGAGCCAAGGAUAAUACUACAGCGAUGGUUAUAUUACUACCAGGGUGUGGAGUAUAAUACACAUAUUAUAAUUUUAUGAGAAAAAAUUUGUUUGAACAAUUUAUUUACCGAUUCUUGUACUGAUGGGCUGUGAUAUAACUUGUGAUUUUAUUAAACACUACAGAUUUUCAAUGCAUGUACAUGCAACUGUCAAUAAAUGUUGAAUUGUU